UUCGACAAAAAUCAGUUAUCGAUGCGUAUCAACCGUAUGGAGGACGCGAAACCCCAGAACGAGAAACGAAUCAAUACCGUCGAAGGUGUGGCACAAGCCGUCUAUAAACGGCGAAGAGAUAUUGCGAAAUUUUCCGGUGCAGAAGUUGACGAAACAGGCAUUGGUAUCGGAGAGGUGGUGGAGUCGUCAGAUCGCGAUUGGAUUUUCAUGCCAGUGCUAUUUAUUUGCGCCUUCACAAUAACUACACUCGUCACGGUGCUCGCGGUUCAUAUCAUGAAAAAUCGUCGUUACUACGCCAACAAUGUAAUACACGCUAAAGAUGAUCUGGAAAGCAAAAGUUGUCUAGCAUAUCAGGAACUUUGUCGUCAACGAAUGGCACAAGAGCCAUGUUCUGGACGUGGCAGCAAGAGUUCUUCUACUUCAAGUUGGUGUGAGGAAGCCGUUUCUCAAUCCAACAUCGACAUAUCAACUGGUCAUAUAAUUCUUAAUCUCUUGCAAGAAUGUCUGGCAGAUCCUUCCAAGAUUGAAGCACAAUGGGAAUCUAUUCGUGAUUACCAUAAUACAAAUAAGCACAUCACUAUCGGAACGCAAAACGCUGAUCGUAACAGAAGCAUCGUACCAUUUGACGAAAGUCUCGUACCAGUUGACGCAUGGGAAGAUGGAAAAACGGAAUACCUCAACGCAAGCUUCAUCUAUGACGAUGAUCCACGAGGUCCCUACAAUAGGACACCACGUACGGCCGACGUAGCGACAUUCUGGCAGGCAAUUUGGCAGCAUGGUGUUUGUCUGAUCGUCAAUCUAUCUACUAUUGACGAGGGAAAACAGGAGAAGAGCUACUGGCCCGAGACCGGAUCCGAAGUUCAUGGUCCAUUUGAGAUCCAUCUCGUUUCUGAGCACAUCUGGAGUGACGAAUACCUCGUUCGUUCAUUUUAUCUGAAGAAUCUACGCAACGGCCAGACUCGUACCAUCACACAAUUCCAUUAUCUGUCAUGGAAACAGAGCAGUACACCUGUCAGUCCAAAGAGCCUCAUCGAAUUUCGGCGCAAGGUGAACAAAUCGUAUCGAGGCCGAGCAUCGCCAGUGUUGGUACACUCAUGGGAAGGUGCUGGACGAACAGGCGUCUUCUGUGCAGUAGACAUGCUCUGUGCUCGGCUUCUUAAGGGCGUCCGCCAACUAGACGUCAUCGCAUCCGUCGAACAUCUUCGUGAUCAGCGAGACGGUCUCGUUCGUACAGCCGAUCAAUUCAAGCUGAUUUACGGUUGUGUAGCACAAGAGGUAAAUUCGCUGCUGAAAGCUGUACCGCAGUAA